AUGGAGAGCUACCACAGGAGAGCACCCACAGGAGAGCUACCACAGGAGAGCACCCACAGGAGAGCACCCACAGGAGAGCUACCACAGGAGAGCACUCACAGGAGAGCACCCACAGGAGAGCACCCACAGGAGAGCACCCACAGGAGAGCUACCACAGGAGAGCACCCACAGGAGAGCUACCACAGGAGAGCUACCACAGGAGAGCACUCACAGGAGAGCACCCACAGGAGAUCACCCACAGGAGAGGAGAGCACCCACAGGAGAGCACCCACAGGAGAGCUACCACAGGAGAGCACCCACAGGAGAGCACCCACAGGAGAGCACCCACAGGAGAGCACCACAGGAGAGCACCCACAGGAGAGCACCCACAGGAGAGCACCCACAGGAGAGCACCCACAGGAGAGCACCCAGGAGAGCACCACAGGAGAGCACCCACAGGAGAGCACCCACAGGAGACCAGCCCACAGGAGAGCACCCACAGGAGAGCACCCACAGGAGAGCACCCACAGGAGAGCACCCACAGGAGAGCACCCACAGGAGAGCACCCACAGGAGAGCACCCACAGGAGAGCACCACAGGAGAGGAGAGCACCCACAGGAGAGCUACCACAGGAGAGCUACCACAGGAGAGCACUCACAGGAGAGCACCCACAGGAGAGCACCCACAGGAGAGCACCCACAGGAGAGCACCCACAGGAGAGCUACCACAGGAGAGCUACCACAGGAGAGCACCCACAGGAGAGCACCCACAGGAGAGCACCCACAGGAGAGCACCCACAGGAGAGCACUCACAGGAGAGCACCCACAGGAGAGCACCCACAGGAGAGCACCCACAGGAGAGCACCCACAGGAGAGCUACCACAGGAGAGCACCCACAGGAGAGCACCCACAGGAGAGCACCCACAGGAGAGCACCCACAGGAGAGAGCACCCACAGGAGAGCACCCACAGGAGAGAGCACCCACAGGAGAGCACCCACAUUACUCCUGCCUUGA